GACAAACUUGGUGCUCGACCUGGCGGAUCUGAUAAAGAAGACAUGGAUUUUGAGAUGGCCGAAAUAAAGAGUUCAGAACCAGGUUUGCAAAGGUUUAGAGCUAAAUGUGCUCUCACUUAUCCUACUAGAUAUUUUUCUCCUUUGGAAGAUGAAGCAGAUUUAGUUGGGAAUUCACUUGAUCACCAUUCAACUGACAGCUACCUCUCCAGCAGUCCUAAUAGUAGCUCAAAGGACAAAGUACUUGCUGAAUCAGUGGACUCUGUUGAUGAUGAACCACUCUUUCCAGAACCUGAUAGAGAUUUUUCGGAUUGUGAGACCUCAUUAUCCACCAGGAGGAGUUGCAGAGAACUGAUUCAUAACGUUUCUGGAGUGCUCAGUAAGAUUGAUCAGUUAAAAGGAAGCAAACUCAGCUGCGCAAAACAGGUCAUUUUGAAUGCUGAACUCAUAUUUGGAACUACACCUCAACAGCAGACUCUACCUGUAGAGGAUGGGUUCUCUGUGAGCCAUUUUCUCCUCAAUGAACAUGAAAUUUUUUUGAGUUUUCUGUGGAUAGCUUUAUGUGAGUUGCUUGGCUGUAAUGACCCAAAACAGAUGAAUCAGCUUAAAGGAUUCGCCUUUGAUUGUCUAUUAGAGUACCUAGACUCAAAAUUUUCUCCAAUCUCUGAUUCUGGUUUCAGAACCUGUACCAAACUACCAUCAAGUAUGACCAAAGAGAUUCUGAUUGCUGAUAUUAUUGAUGAGGUCGAAGAGUGGACACAAUUUGUUGUUUUGAUUCCAGACGAGCUAAUAGAAUGGGAUAUGAGCCAUUCUUUGGGUAAAUGUACGGACUUCGAGAUUGAAGAAUAUGAAUGUGGCACUGAAGUUGCUAGGCAUAUACUCCAAGAAUUAGUAGAUGAAGUUGUUUUAGACCUCUACAGUUCUAGCUAAAUUUGGUGGAACUGUUAGUAGCUCCUCUAUUUGAGACUUUGUUGCAAGCCUAAUGUCAAGCAAAGUAUUUUGUACAAAUCAUUGAUUCUGCAUCUGAUUCGACUUAUUGUACUUGUGCUUUUGCAUUUAUGAAUAAUAAGAACAAUCCCUUC